CCUCUCAAACGUCUCCGCCAUAAACUGGUUCCUGUCGCCCUCUUGUGGUUGACACUUACAUCACACCUAUAUCGGUCCGCCCUGAGGAACUCUAGCUGGGGCGGAGAGAAAAAAGAAACGUUUGUGAAUUUAUUAUUAAGCAAAAUUUGUCAUAAUUUAUUAUUUAACCGUCUGUUAACUUUACUAGUAUUUAUAAUGUCCUUCCGGUCCGGCAGACUUUAUGUCCCGACUGUGAAUGAGAGCGGAACCAUUGUCGCCGCAUCAGGAUUUGAACGGAGCCUCUAAUCGUGUCGCACGCUGUCAAAACGUAAAGCAUUAGCAGUGCGUAGAGAAGUAUUUUGAGGAAACUUUAAAUAUCUGCACCCACAAGAGGAACAGGUCCAGCUUGUGUACCAGUUGACAAACAUUAUUUCGGGUAUGGAUGACGUGGUGAUGGAUGAGGAAGACGACUGCCCAGAGUUGGUGCCCAUCGACACCCCUCCUGGUCGUCCUGCAGAGCAGAUACCCGUCACCAUCAUCACAGGCUACCUCGGUGCUGGAAAGACGACACUCCUCAACUACAUCCUAACAGAACAACACAACAAGCGGAUCGCUGUCAUACUCAAUGAAUUUGGAGAGGGCAGCGCCCUCGAGAAGUCCCUCGCAGUGAGCCAGGCAGGAGAGCUGUAUGAGGAGUGGCUGGAACUGAGAAAUGGCUGCCUCUGCUGCUCUGUCAAGGACAACGGUCUUAAAGCCAUCGAGAACCUGAUGGAGAAGAAAGGAAAGUUUGACUACAUCCUUCUAGAAACCACAGGACUCGCUGAUCCAGGAGCGGUGGCCUCCAUGUUCUGGGUUGAUGCAGAGCUCGGCAGUGACAUCUAUUUGGAUGGCAUCGUCACAGUUAUCGAUGCCAAGUAUGGUCUACAGCAACUAUCAGAGGAAAAGGCAGAUGGACUCAUCAAUGAAGCAGCAAGGCAGAUUGCUGUUGCUGACUUGACCAUAAUCAACAAGACAGACUUGGUGAAUGACGAGGAACUCGCUCAAAUCCGAGAUGCUGUCAGGUCUGUAAAUGGUCUUGUCAAGAUUCUAGAAAGUCAGAGGUCAAGGGUGGAUCUCUCUGAAGUGCUGGAUCUGCAUUCUUUUGACAGCAAGGAUGGUGCAAAUCUGGCAGAGAAGCUUCAGCUUGUGAAAGAUACAAGACCACAUCUUGACAAGAGUAUUUUGACAGUGACAUUUGAAGUGGCUGGAGAUCUCUCGGAGGAUGCCUUAAAUGUCUUCAUUCAGGAUCUUCUUUGGGAAAAGAUGUUCAAAAACAAAGAAGGGCAACCCAUGACUGUCAUUCGGUUAAAGGGAAUAGUUUCAUUUGCAGGUAAAGCUCACCAAGUGAUGCUGCAGGGGGUCCACGAGCUGUAUGACCUGAAUGAGACUCCACAGCUUUGGAAGGAGAACCCGCGGAUCAACCGACUGGUUUUUAUAGGACGAAACCUGGACAAAAACAUUCUGCAGGAGCUGUUCAUUUCUAAAGUCUUGGAAGAAGCUGAGAGAAAUUAGCUGCACGCCCUUCUCUCCUCUUUGCAUCGAAAACUGACUAUUCUGGAGCAAAAGUCGUGGCUUUGGCCAUCCAUAAAUCUGGGACUGUGUUUCAGACGUUCUCCUGUCCUACAAGAAGAUGAGGUACGUCACAGGAUGGUUAAGGUUAAAGCUGUGGUCAGUAGUUUGAAAUUGUGAUAAUCCACCACUACCUGCUUUAAAAGCUUCAUUACUUCAAAAGAGUGUUUAUGUUGCUGCAGUGUCGGAUCUACAAGCUGUGAAACUUAGAUUGGACAUGACCUCUAAAAUGUGUGCAAACAAAGAUAAAACAAAGCUCAAGAGAUGUAAUCAAUACAUUUAAAGAAAGUUAAGAUGGCUUUGUAAAAAUAAGCCAUUUUUAAAGGGUUUGGAGCCCCUGGAGAAGUGUUGGAAGUUACAGUGACGCACAUACUGUAUCAGCUGUGGUACAAGACUGAUCUUUGUAAACAAGCAGAUUUUAAAAAAUAAAUUAUUAAAAAUAAAGAUUUUUCUGCCAUGAUCAAUCUAAAACCAAUACAUGUUUUUGGCCAUUUGUAGUUUAAGCUGACAACAGCCGACUAUUAACAUAACAACAGACAC